AUGUCGCUAGAAGAAGCCGUCGAAACUGAUCGUCAUUUCGGUUUUAGCGCCCUACCAAGCGUUACAGCUCCUCACGACUGGAAUAUCCUCAAUCACAAAAAACGCAUUCUUUUUGUGAGGGAUCGGAUUAAAUCACCAGUACAUAUUUCGUACAUUGCGCGCAAGAAGUUGCCAGCGUUAAAUAAACUGAACGAAGCAAUUGCAUACGCUUCCAAUGGCUAUCCUACAAUACAUAAUCGUUAUAUGCAACCUUAUGAUCAAUAUAUCAUCAAACAUCUACAAGAAAAUGUGAACGUGUUGAUCCUGAGUCAUAUCACAGUUCUUUUCGCAUGGACGGGAAAACUGCUUUUAUUCGCGAUUGCGUAUCUUUUUGGUGAGAUCGUUUACUUUCGUUACAAUCAUCUAUUUACUCGCUGUCGAAGAAAUGUGUAUCGAUUUGGCACCCGUCUUCAAACGGAAGAAACAUCAAACAACAUCGAACUUACACAUUUUUCACAUUUUGAGCAAUAGGUAUUAAAUUUGCAUAUAGUGCAUUUCUAGCGAAU